UGCUUUUCUCUGUUUUCUUUCAAUGGAGUUGAUUCCCGGUCUUCCCAACGACGUAGCUCAUGAAUGUCUUAUUCGGAUUUCGUUUGAUCAGUUAUCCAAGGCUGCAUCUGUGUGUAGAGCAUGGAACGCUGUGAUUAAGCAGCCGGAGUUCCGCCGCCGCUGCUGGAAAGCUUCUGCUCUAACCCGACCUGUCAUUGUCAUGGCUCAGAUGAUGGAUGGUUUAAAAGAGUUGGAUCCACCGUUUUACCGGCUCACGCUAUUCGAGCCGGUGAAAAACCGAUGGAGCCAUAUUCCGCCGAUACCGGAGAUGGUGGAUGGGAUGCCGGUGUUCUGUCGCGUAGUCGGAAUUGGACCGGAGCUGGCGGUGAUAGGCGGUCUCGACCCGGUGACACAUCAGCAUCUGAAUUCAGUUUUCAUCUACAACUUCUUAUCCGCCACGUGGAGGCGCGGCGCCGACAUGCCAGGAGAGGAUCGGAUGGUCUUCGGAUGCGCGGCAUCGGCGGACGACAGGACAGUGGUGGUUGCCGGCGGAAGGAACUGGGACAAUUUCUGGCUGAAAUCAACCUUGGCGUACGACGUGGCAAGGGACAUGUGGACGACGUUGUCAGACAUGUCAAUUGGGCAAACCGAAUGCACGUGCGUGUUCCAUCGUGGCAAGUUCCACGUACUCACCCGCUAUAACAAGGACACACAAGACGAUUCCAAACAAAUCGUCGAAACACUCGACCUUGUCACCCGCCAGUGGCGCGUAACCGACAUAGUUACAGACUACACCAUCAUACCGUUUCAGUCUACCUAUGUAGAUAUCGGCGGAGUAAUAUACACGGUCAAGGGAAGACAUGUGACGUGGUUGCAUUAGAGGACGACACAUGGGUGUUCGUCACGCGCGUCCCCGACUCUACAUCCGACGUGACAUAUUUGACAGGGUGGCAGGGGAAUAUGAUGGUGAUAAAUACAAAAGGUGGUGAAAUUCAUAGUGCUUAUGUGCUAGAAUUGAAGAGUAAAAAAUGGACGAAAGUAAAAAUCCCACGUAAGUAUCGCGGUUAUGUUCAUUUUGGUUAUUAUUGUCAUAUACACAUCUAAAAGGAACAAUUUUAUUUUGUCCUUAAAUUAGCUUGAUAAGCACUCUUCUUCUUCUACUACUUUUUAUUUAUUUAUUUUUUAAUAUAUUCAUCUUAGAUG